UUCUUGUUAGGACUUCCCAAAGACAAUAGUUGCAACGGCCUGCUAGGAUCAGGAUUUUGGCAGAGUUUAUAGCUCAAACUGAGCUUCAUAGCCAGCCGCAAUAUGUGACUGUGGGAACAUCAGAAGAGGAAGGCAUUUCCUUCACUCUGCUUUACCUGGACAGAUGCUGCAAACUUUUGCUCAAACUUUUGCUCAAACUUUUGCUCAAACUUGUGCAAAGAGUUCCACAUUAGCAGGAUACCAUGAGGACACAAAGUCCAAAUACAUGAUGUAAGGGCCAACGAAAUUAUACCAAAGGCUUCCCCCACUGUCCAUCUAGGUAUGUACGUCCAUUCAACCCUCUCACAGUGAUUUAUAGCAGCGGCAUACAGGUUUGCACUUUAGACCAAAACGGCUACCCACCUGAAUCUGCACUGUCACUUAAAUGCACAAGACCUUGAAACUUUAAAACAGAUUUCUGAGAAUGGGCCCAAUAAAGUGAAAACCAGUAUCUACUAAAGAAUGAUGUGACUAUUAAGCUGCCUUCAACUGUCGACCAUUGGUUUACUCAGCCCAACAGUGAACUUUCAGGAUUUUGUAUGUGGAAAUAACCAUGACUGUUUCAACGGUAGGUUUUACUCUGUGUGGCGUCUAACUGAAGCAUCCCGGAUUUAUCAACACAAUAAAGGUGUUACAUGUGACAAUGGAAUGAAAUUUUGAAUGGGGGGCACAGAAGUAGUGGGCUAUUUGGACAAGGAGAACUGCAAUCUUCCGCAGUCCAAGUCCAUCUUGAAUCUGAUAAAAAGGAGAGCGCCGGUUUUAAUCUAUCUGUUACGCAGCACGGCCGCUCGAUGCUGCCUUUCCAGCUUCUCUCUAGGGAAGGCGGCCAGUAUUGCCCGUGGGUGUGGUCUCGGUAGCUCCGGCGCUCUGUUUGUGGUGCGGGCUAACGCAAGAUGGCGGCGGCGAGCAGGAGAGUGGCGAAGUUGUUCAACGCGCGGGAGCUGUGGCGGAAAAACACCCCCCCCCCAAUGUGUUUAUAUGUAUAACAACAAGGAGAGUUCCCAGCGUGAACGAUGCCUCUUCCAUGAGGAGCUGGAUGAGAUUAAGAAGGCACGGUUCCAUUGCUUCCAGAAUAUUGAAGCGGAUGAGACCAAUGUCCUCCUCUGGAAGGGGCUUCUAGUGCCAGCUGAUCACCCAUACAAUGGUGGUGCAUUUUGGAUUGAGAUCAGCUUUCCAUGUGAGUAUCCACUCAAGCCCCCCAAGAUCACUUUCAAGACUAAGAUCUACCACCCUAAUGUGGAUGAGAAGGGCCAGGUAUGCUUGCCGAUCAUCAGCAAUGAGAACUGGAAACCUACCACCAAGAUAGACCAGGUGAUCCAAGCACUGAUAACCUUGGUGAAUAAGCCAGAGCCAGCCCAUCCACUGCGUGCUGAUUUGGCAGAAGAGUUCACCAAAGACUAUGAGCGUUUCCUGUGCAAUGCUGAAGAUUAUACCCACGAAUUCAGUGAGAAGCGGCCAUAUAAGUGACUCUACACUGAAGCAGUGCCUGCUCACCUUCUCUUCAUGCCUGCUUUUCAAGUUGGCAGGAACUGUCCGGGGGAAUCUUUUGCAGAUGAACAAUCCCAGUAAUAUGAUAAGGGAAGUGUGGCUUAAGCAGCCGCUUCCAAUCAUGUAUAUCGUCAAGCAACCAUACAUGAUGGGGUCCUGGGGCACUCUAGCAUUUGAUACCUGACUUCAGUAUUAAUGUUGCUUCAGCACUGAUGGGGCAACAUAGGGUUUGGAUUUCACUUUGAGAUAUGUGAAACUUUAUGCCUGAGUAUGAUGAAGCAUAAGGCCAUUGUCACUGCCGCCAAUCAGUUGCAUUCUGGUGGUUUCCAUUACAUUCCUGUGUCUUUCAAGUCCUGGUUUGUGAUGAUUUUUCUGACACGGAGUGAAAUUUCAAUGCCACACUGUCCAUUGUGUCAUGUUGAUGCACCUCUUAGAAGAGUGGUCCAUGAAGCAGUUGGUGAUGUGGUUAGCGAUGCUCCACCAUUUCUGGGUUGCACUGCCAUUACAUGUCCUGGCUAUGGUAACUUCUGUCAUUAUUUUCAACAAUUUUGCAUUUUAAUUUUUCCAUUUCAUAUUUUUUCUGUAUAAACAUGCAUGAUUAAGAAUGGGUCUCCUAAAACAGAAUAUUAACUCAACUGUACAGAUGGAUGAGAUCAAUGGCUGAAAGAUACAUAAUAAAUAAGUACCCCUUCUGCUCA